AUGAAUUCUGACCAGAAGGCAGUGAAAUUCCUGGCAGAUUUUCACAUCAAUGGAGGCAGAGCCCCGGUCCACAGCCCCCUGACGCGGAGGCCCCCGGUGAGCUCCCAGGAACUUCCCCGGGUGGGGGGCGAGCUGGGGUGCCGUCGGCACGGGGUGGGGGGGGGGGUGGGCGUCGGGCGGGUGGAUGGUGGCGUCCAUGUCUCUCGCAGGCCCAGUGCUGCUGUGCUGUCAUCGGGCCUGCAGCCAGAACUGGGGGCGACCUGGGACGAGGUGUGGCUCCAGGCGGGCCUCAGGAUGCCCACGGGCCCCCUCCGGGAGCCCCCGCCCACCUGCAGCCGGACCUUGAGGGCGCUGUGGCUGGAGCGACGCCCGCCCGUCGUCACCGACCUGGAUGUCCCCGGCCCCACCAAGCACCAGGUGCCAGAGGCUUCAGUGCGAGAGUCCUCCCCACACCCCCGCUUCACCAUCGGCCGCAGGCACCCCACCCGCGAGGGCGGCGGCCGCAGGGCAUGGCACACCAUGUGGUUCCAGAGUGAAAGCCCUUUCGCCCAGAAAGCUGACUUCAACCGAGCGCAGAAAUGGCCGUCGCCUGCCCACUACCAGCCACCCAGCCUGCCUUCCUGCCCGGCCUUCAGCUUCAGGGGCCGCCCCGCCUCCAGGGCCCCUGAGGCCCAAGCCCGUCUGGGGAGGCUGCAGGCCUGGGGUGCGUGGCCACGGGCCCAGCCCCUCCUGCAGACCCCUCCGCCUGUGGGGCACAAGACCGGCCCUGGCUCCAGCACCUGGGACAUCCUUCCUGGGUGCCGCCUGCGGGGCCCCUGCCCGCCUGCCUUCUCCACGAGCUGCUCGCCCCAGCUGGCCUCCUGGGUCGGCUCCUGUAAGGAGCCUGCACCCCGGCCCAGCGCCUACAAUGUGGACGACUGCUACAGCUUGAGCUUCCUCUCGGCACCGGGGGUGGUCACCCAAGGUGUGCGGCGACCCAAGCACCGUGACACCGGCCCCUUGUGUGCACUCUAG